AUGCCAGCCGCCUCCAUGGCAUCUAGUCGCCGCGGACGGAAGAAGUCGUCUGGCAGAAGACCAUGGGAAUGGAGAGUGUGGCAUGACGGCGAGGAUGAUAAUUCCAAUUUUGCGGAUGUCUCUGGGUCCAACAUCCUCCCUACUGGGAGACGAAGAACAGCAACAUCUGCGGAACCAAAACCCAAGAUUUGCGAAAUUAUUGGCCCGUCACAGACAGCCGGAUCGCAAUGGGAAGUCGAGCCAUUAACUAAUUUGCCAUUACCAAAUCCUGCUUACAGCUCCAAUGCCGAUGGGGAUGGGGAUACGAUCGUGGUGCAAGGAUAUGGAUUCGGUCCCAAUGCAUUGGAAUCGACAAUAGAAGCACCGACUUCUGCACUAGAUCAGGUGUCAAGCGUCCCCAGUCAGUAUCAAAUUCCACAAGAAGAACGCAGCGAAUCGCAAGACGCUAUGGGCAUUGAUGAAAAGCAAAAUGAGCUCGAUGCUAGUGAGGCGCAGGUUGGCAUCAACGUGAGCGAAAGACAAGAUGCUUGUAUCACUGAAAAACAGAAUGAGCUCGAUAUUGGCGUUGCGGAAAUCCAACAACAUGUCGGGAUGGGUGAAAAGCCAGCGGAUACCAUCACAACUAAAGCUAAAAUAAAUAUUGGCAUCAGUGAGGAACAACCUAAUCGGGGGCUCAGCGAAAACCAUUGUCACAUUAACAUCAACAAAAAGUCGCAUGAACUGGAUAUUGCUCGCAUGGCAAAUCAUCUCGACAUCAAUGACGAGCAAGCUGUGGCGCAGAUCGCUGAACUGCAAAACUUGGCUCGCUCAGGUCUCUCAGGCGCGGCCUAUGCUAUGCACCCAGAUCAUAAACCUAGGGAAUAUAGAUCUCCACAUUCCCCAAAGACCAAACCUAGCUUCGGCGAGGGCGCUGAUAACAAUGCCGCCCUCGAAAAUGCCUGGUCACACGGCUUUCCAUCCAUACCAAAUAUACCGGUUGGUACCGUUCUAAACCCCAACUAG